UAAAAAUAUAUAUCGGUCUAAUACAACAGAAACACUUUUUCGUUGUCUAUCAUAUGUAUAUCGUAUAUCAUAUCUCGUAUCAGAGAAAUACCGAAGAGGUAGUUGAACAUACGAUGUAUAUAAUUCGUCAUAGUGAUGUGGUUAAAGUAGAAUGAAAUUGAGACGUAAGUAAAAUUAAUGGGGAAUGAAAAAAGUGCCCUUAAUGGGCUGAAAAUUGACGAAAAACCUGUGGAAAUAACUGAUUUUUGGACGCAUUAUAUGGCCUGUGUGAAUGGAUACAAUGCACAAAGGAUUUCAGUGUUUGUCAGUGAGCCAUCUUUACAUUAUAAUGCAAAUUUUGGAAAUCCAUCGCCUUUAGAGAAAGCUGCAAAGAAUCUAAUGUUAUAUAGACAUCCAUGUAUAUUGAAGUACGUUUCUUCAUGGUCAAAAGGUAGUAAAUUUUUCCUAGCUACUGAACAAGUUAAACCUUUAAUUCAAUCAAUAGAAACCCAGAAUACACUGCAAAUAUGCAUGGGCUUAUAUAGUAUUUUACGUGCAUUGGUUUUUCUUCAUGAAAAAGCAUUUGUAUCUCAUAAUAAUCUUUGCGAAAGUUCUAUUUAUGUUACACCUGAGGGAUGUUGGAAACUUGGAGGACUGGAAUGUCUAUGUAAAUUUAAUGAUUUGACUUCUUCUUAUUUACAAAAAAUAAAAAGCUACAGAUGCGAGAAAGCGAUUUCUAUUAACGAAGAUGCAACUAUUACUUUAACAAAUUUUACAACAAUUGAUGUGUAUGCAUUUGGAGUUUUAGCUGAAGAUAUAUUGAGACAAAAGGAUCCAGAUGAUGUACCUAGUCUUUCAGAGUUUAAACAGUUCUGUAAAGAAAAUCUGCAAAAUCCAGAUCCUUCUCUAAGGUGCGAAUUGUCCCAUGUACUACAACAUCCAUUCUUUACCCACGAUUUUAUGAGAAUAUAUGCAUUUUUAAAUGAGUUAGUGUUAAAAAGUAAUAAGGAAAAAGAAAUAUUUUUUGGAACCUUAAUAACACAAUUAAGAAUGUUUCCUGAAAAUAUUGUAGCUGAACAAUUAGGUCGUUUACUUCUUUCAAGAAUGGUUUUAUUAGAUACAACAGCACAAGAACAGCUUUUACCAUUUAUUUUAAAACCAAAAGAUGGAAAUGACAAUACAGAUAGUAACUUAUUUUCAAUUUCUACAUUUAAAGUCUAUUUGGUACCCAAACUAUUGCAGAUGUUUUGUAUACGAGAUGUAUCAAUACGUUUAGUACUUUUGUCAUAUUUUAAUUCUUUUGUGCAUAUAUUUCAAGUAGAUGAAUUGAAAUCUCAAGUACUUCCUGAAUUACUUGUUGGAAUUAAAGACACAAAUGAUCAUCUUGUAUCUGCAACAUUAAAAGCAUUAGCUGACAUAGUUCCAAUCUUAGGCGCUGCCACAGUAAUCGGUGGUAAUAGAGGGAAGUUAUUUACAGAUGGACGACCAAAUAAACUGAAAGAUAACAAGAAAACUAAGAACAGUAUAAAUGCUGAAUUCGUGAUUCCUACGGAUAGUAUUCAAAAAGUAAUUGAUUUACCUGAAAGACCAUCUCCAGAUGGAGGUGAAGAUAAAAAAGAGAUUACUUCUUCCAUUACCGAAGAAGAAUACACGUGGUCUGAUUGGGACAUACAAGAAACUGCAGACAUGCAUGCUCGAAUUUCACAGUCUUCCGACGCAAUUUUUCAAUCUCAAUCCAAUUCCAAUGAUAUUUCGAUUUCGGAUUCAACAUUAAGGAUUACUACAGAUGCAGUAUUAAAUAUAGAUAAAAAUAAAACAAGCGAAUUGAAAUUAACAAAGAAGUCAGCUGGUAUUAUAUCCGAUAUUUCAGAACUUGAUAUUAAAAAUUCAAAAUUAAUAGAUACUUGUAAAGAAGAAUAUGAUUAUUUCACAGACAUGGAGCCUGUGAUAAAGAAGACACAGAUUUUACACAUACAACAACCACAAAUAUUAUCAAAAAGUGUAUUUGACAUAAAAGCGCUAAAUGGAUUAGAAACAUCUGAAGAAAAUAAUGGCUGGGAGGAGGAUUUAAGCGAUUGGGGAACAGAAGAUGUUCAUGAAAUAAAAACUUGAAUAAAUAUAUAUUACUCCUUAUAAUAUUUUUUGUAUAUAAUAUUUUUAUUUCGAAAAAAUAAGUUAAUUGAAAUUAUUUGCUUAACCCAUCUACUACCACACGUCACACAUAUGUAACACAUUCUAAAAACCGCUUAGAUUGUCUACUAAUCAUUUUGUACUAUCACAUAUAUAAAAGUAUAUAUCGUAUUAUGUAACAUAUUGAAAAUUUGAAA